GCACGGAAGCGGAACACCAAUAAAACUGUCAGACUGUCAUUGUCAUUGCAAUAUGCGAGCGCAUGACAAGAUGUCAAGUCAAGAUAUCAAAAUAAGAUUUUCAUUCGUUAUAAUGCGACUUUAAUUUUUACGUAACGUUUAAAAAUAAUAAAUAACCAGACGCCAAAUUAAGUUAAAAAUGAAUUCCUUGUGGCGAAGAACAUCAUUUACUUUUUUGAGGAAGUUUACAAGACAAGGACUUAGGAUAAAAUCCAUACAUAAUAUAAAUAAUAACCUGAACAUUAAAAAACAUAUAACGGCUGCGGUUUCUCCUAUUAAUUUUUCUUAUAAUGUUAUUCGCAAUAAAUCAAAAAAGCAGACAGACAUAGAUUCAGAUGAUGAACAAGAAGUGUUUGAUGAAGAUGAUGUGUCAUUGUCAAGAGACUCGAAACUUGUGAAAUUCAAAACAACUUCACUGAGAACUGAUGUUGUAAUUAAAUCUGCUCUUGGUGUAUCUAGAAAUAAAGUAGAGCAAGUAUUCUAUGAAAGUAAAAUAAGAGUGAAUGGAAAGAAAAUAAUGAAAAAGAGCCAUGCGGUUAAACUAGGCAGUGAAAUAGAUGUAAUAAAAAGUAUAAGUCCCCACAACCCGGAUCACUUGUAUGUAGCUCGCAUUGAAGUGCUAAAUAUUGUUCCUAAAGAAGAGGAUAUAGCAAUAACUGUACGGAGAUUUAAAAAUUUACUAAUAGAGAAUUAUGAAGACGAUCCAUACAAACCUUCAAGUGCAAAUAGUGAUGCUUAGUUAAAGAUAAAUGUAUAAAAUAAAUAUUCAUAAUGUAUG